GGAGCGGGGUGAAGUGUGUCUGUGGGGUCCCAAUGGGUCAAGGUUCAUGGUGGUGGUUUGGUGGCCGUGGGAGUUCCCCAGUGCCACUGUCCGAUGGGGGAGGUCCCAUCCCAUCCUAUCCCAGCCCUUGUCCCCACUGCCAGCCCCAUGGAGGCGGGGCCCAAUCCUACCCGCCCCUGGCCAUGGGGCCCAGCCACUGGCCCCACAGCAUUUAGGGGCUCCUGAGCCUCAGCAGUGCCCACCUGGACUCGUGCUCCUGCAGCCCCUGCACAGCUCCCAAGCACCACCACACUCUCCAUGGAGACCGGCAGCUCCUUCCAACAGCUUGGUAUGCAGCAGCCCCUCGAGCCCCCCGGGCAGCAGCCCCUGGGCUACGGCAAGUGCAGCACCGCAGGCAGUGAUCCCGGCAAAGAUGUUGGGAAAGCUGCUGGGUGCAGUGGAGGUAGUGGGAUCGGGAAGGGACCACAGCCAUUGGUCUGCAGCACUGUAUGCGGGAACCCCUACGCUGGGCUGGUGAGCCACCUGCGGGCAUCCUGGCUCUCCGGGAAGACACGGCCCUUGGAAUACCGCACGGCCCAGCUGGAGGCCCUGGGACGCUUCCUGGAUGAUAAGAAGGAGGAGAUCCUGGAGGCCACCGCUGCGGACAUGGGCAAGCCGUCCUUUGAGGCUUACUUCAGCGAGAUCCUCCUCUGCAAGAACGAGCUCAACGUCACCCUCAACAACCUGUGCCACUGGAUGAAGGACGAGCACGUGGACAAGAAUCUGGUGAUGCAGCUGGACUCCGCCUUCAUCCGCAAGGAUCCGUACGGGGUGGUGCUCAUCAUAUCGCCCUGGAACUACCCCAUCCACCUUUUCCUGGUGCCCCUCAUCGGGGCCAUCGCUGCUGGGAACUGCGUCAUUGUCAAACCCUCAGAGAUAUCCAAGAACACCGAGAGACUCGUUGCUGAAACGCUGAGCUGUUACCUGGACAAUGACUGCUUUGCUGUGGUGACUGGGGGUGUGCAGGAGAGCACAAGGCUGCUAGAGAACAAGUUUGACUACAUCUUCUUCACUGGCAGCCCCCGGGUGGGGCGGAUCGUGAUGACGGCCGCUGCCAAGCACCUGACGCCGGUGACGCUGGAGCUGGGGGGCAAGAACCCCUGCUACGUGUCCGACACCUGCGACAUACCCAACGUGGCUCGGCGCGUGGUCUGGGGCCGCUUCUUCAACGCGGGGCAGACCUGCAUCGCGCCCGACUACCUGCUCUGCAGCCUGGAGAUGCAGGAGAAGCUCAUGCCCGCCCUGCGCGAGGCCAUCGUGGAGUUUUUUGGCCCCAACCCCCAGGAAUCCCCGGAUUUUGGGCGCAUUGUGGGGGACAAGCAGUUCCAGCGGGUGCGGAAGCUGCUGUGCAGCGGGCGCGUGGCCAUCGGGGGACAGACGGACGAGGCCGAGCGCUACAUCGCUCCCACGAUCCUGGCGGACGUGCAGCCCUCGGACCCUGUCAUGCAGGAGGAGAUCUUCGGGCCCAUCCUGCCCAUCGUCGUCGUGGCCAACAUGGAUGAAGCCAUUGACUUCAUCAACGCGCGGCCGCGGCCCUUGGCCAUCUACGCCUUCUCCUGUGACAGCAAGGUGGUGAACCAGGUCCUGGAGCGGACGAGCAGCGGCGGCUUCUGCGGCAACGACACCCUGAUGCACGUGGCACUGACCUCGCUGCCCUUUGGAGGGAUUGGGAACAGUGGCCUGGGAAGAUACCACGGGAAGUUCACCUUCGACACCUUCUCCCACCACCGGGGCUGCCUGCACCGGAGCAUGGGGCUGGAGGCCAUCAACGCCCCGCGCUACCCGCCCUACACCCAGCAGAAACUGGGGCUCCUCACGGCCGCCUUCGAGGUCAAGCGCAGGGGCACCUGCACCCUGCUCUGAGGGUCCCACGUCCUGCUCCGAGGGUCUCCAUGCACAGAGUCGGUGUGGAGAACCAGGACUGCCCCCCCAUCCUCACCGUGUCCUUUGCUUCGCUGGAGCGCGUUGGACAGCCGGGAUGGAUGCCCCCUCCUGCACGCUUGUGGCCUCUGCUCUGGACCGUUUUCCAGGAAGCAGCUGAAACGGCCCAGAAGCUCUUUUUCCUCUUCCUGGUGGAGAAAUGGUCCCAUCAGCCCCAUCUCCCAUCACAUGGACCUUUCCUUGGGGAUGAUCCUCCUUCUCCUCACUGUUGCUCUUUCCUCCAUGUAACUCUGCCUAUAGUAAAGACUUUGCAUUGAGCUCU